AUGACGGACGCCACGGAUCGGUCGCCGCGGCGCUCGGCGUCGCGGCUGGGGCGUCGCCUGUCCCGCCGCCUGUCGCUGGUGACCAGGGUUCCCGGCCUCAUCUCGGCCAGGCUCAAGGACCGAGGCCCGCCGCCGCCGCGCUCCUUCGAGAUCACCGCCAUCGCCCCCGACAAGACGCAGCGCAUCCUUCCGGCGACGAGCCCGUACCUGGUGCUGCAGCUGGCGGCGCCCGUGCUGACGGAGUUCGGCCUGUGCGAGUACCGGCUGCGCCUGGCCGGCUCCAAGGCCUCGGUCGACCCCAACGCCGACGUCUCGCUGCUCGAGGGCGACAUCCUGCUCAUCGACCCGCCCUGGACCUGCAGUGAGCGAGCUGAGGGCGACGCGCGGCUGCGGCUGACGGAGCAGCUGUGGCAGGGCGAGAGGCAGUUCUCGUGCGAGCUGUCGGCGGCCGGCGAGCUGUGGGCGGGCCCGCUGCGCAGGCUGCCCUCCACGCUCAGCCCGCACCAGCACGACACCGUCUUCCAGGGGCUGGCCGCGCUCGCCAAGGCCGCCGCCGCCUUCGCCGCACAGAUCGGAGAGGUUGUGGAGAACUGGAACCCUGAAACUUCUGAAGUUGGGCAGCUCUUCUCGCAACAGCUGUGGGACAACUUCGAGGAGUACCAGGACACGUACAGACUGGCCAGAGAGCUGCUGCGUGAAAAGUGCGCCGAGGACGAGGAGUUCGUGGAGAUCUGCAAGCUGCGCCGCGGCGCCGCGCUCCACACCCUAGAGUCGCUGCUGGACCUACCGUGCCCCGCACAGCGCGGACUCAUUACCCGCGCCUCAAGUGCAGAGAAAGGCCGCGUGCAGCCGGAUACUCCCACGCCCGGCACGAGCCGGUGCGGAGCGCCGCCGCGGCGCUGUCCCGCCCACGCGACGCCUUGUUCCCGCAACCUGCCGCCGGGCCCCUGUGGCGCUGACUGCGGCUGCCGGGCUAAUAACUCGCGCUGA